AUGUUACAAGAGUUAAGUCCUAACAUGCAAGCCAACAUUGUAUUGGUAACGUGGAUCUGAUAAUAGUCGUAAUGGGCAGGUUGGUUUCUUGAAAGAUUUAAGAUGUCAAGGUUUGACAUUGCUUCUCUUUCAUUAUAGACUGUGUGACCAGCUAUAAGAGGAAGUGGACAAACUAGAAAGUGACCACCUGGUCAAAAUGUUUCCCACAGAGCACAGAGAAGAUUGGCAGACUCUGCUGUGUGAAGAGAAAAACAAGGGAAAUGAAUUCUAUAAGCUUGGUCAACUUGAACAAGCCAUUGAAGCUUACAGUAAAGGUUUAAGGUUGGAUCCUACUAAUUCGCUUCUACUUACUAAUAGAGCGCAGGCUUUUCUUAAGCUAAACAAGUAUGCGGAAUGUGAGUCAGACUGUACACUCUCACUUACUGGGGCUCCAUUAUUUGUUAAGAGUUACUUAAGACGUGCUACAGCCAGGCUUGCCUUAGAGAAACUAGAAGAAGCUGUUAGAGACUUCCAGCGUGUUUUGGAACUUGAACCAAACAACAAACACGCUAAAAUGGAAAUAGAGCGCUUAAAAAACGGCAAGAGUGUCAAGAAUUGUUCUCAUGACAAAUAUAGUCAUGUAUCAGAUGGUGCCAACAUUCCAACGAAAGUAAAUCAGCAAGAUUUAAGUCAUACAUAUGGUCAACACGAAUGCCAGAUGUCUGAAGGUGAGCAAGAGAGUAACCUACAUAAACUGUACAAUAACUGUGUGAAGAAUCCAGGUCACACACGAUUUAUUCCUUUGAACAAAUUAAGCAUACAACAUUUACCUGACGAUUACCAGGACAAUGAACUUUAUGAACUGAUCAAAGCUGUAGCUGACCUGACGGUAAGAGUGAGUGUAACUCUGAUCAGCCCGCACAGACCAGAGUUUUUCCCACAAUCCAGCGUAAAAUACCCUUUCUUCAACAUGGGAGGUAACGUCAACUUGAGGUCCGGCACCGGACAACUGGAUGUGUUAAUUUACGAAGAAGGAUGUGGCUACAACUCAUUAGGCAGAAGACAUGGCGCCGUUACCGGAAACAAAUAUGAUGUAGACUACAAAACAUGCCCAUGUCAAAACUGUCAGCACUCAAGCAAGCCCAGCACCAUCUGGUGGGAGGUCACCAUACACACAGCUACUCAUGUAGUUUUUGAUGACAUCGAGGGCCAACACACCUCUUGCAGAUUAUUUUUCGACGAGCGGAAUAGCCCGAAGCUCAUUUUGGACAAUGUCAAGGUUGAGUUUGCUCACGUCGAAAGCGAUAGGUGCAGAAUGAAAUAUGUCACUUGUGACGUCGUCCUUGGUAACAAACUCUCCACCAUGACAGAGAAAAGGACAGCUCUUUGGAACAAAGUCUACACAAAAUACAUGAACAAAUCUAACAACAGAUUAACAUUUAUAGUCUCCCAUCCUCAUGGUUGCAUCAAGCAAGUCUCUAUAGGUCAGUGGGAAGGCAAUUUUAAAGUUGGCUCAAUGAAUGAUAACUUUGAUUUAACCAAGUUAACAUACGAUACAUGCACAUGUCCAGGAAGCAGUGGGGCCCACAUCUAUUUUGUUGGCUUUGCUACAUCUCAUAUUCAUAAUGGGUGCUUAGAUUGUGGACACAACUAUAGCAGUGUUGGAGCUUUUAGAAAAUAACUUUGAGCCAGGAUUUUCUGUUAAUUCAAAUUGCAACUUUUUUUUUCUACAAAACUUAUAUAAACUCACUCUGUCAUUCUGGUCAAAGUUUGUAUCCAAUCUAGGAUCAAGAUGAAAUUUCGCACAAUUAUUUCUUUUACCAGACAAUCCAAGAAUCAAUUUUUAAAAAUUAACUUUUGCUAAUUGUGUAUUUGUUUGGUAUCUCGAACAAGGAAAAGAAAUUGUUAACAAAGGUUUGUUUAUUAGGUUUUUCUUGUUUUACUGUAAUGAAGAUGUCGUUGAUUGUGUUUUUAUUGUUUAACAUAAAAAUAUUAAUUGAAAUUAUGUACUGACUAACGAAUAGUUGUUACUAUUAAUUAUAAACACUAUCAUAGUGUAACUUUAGUAGUGUUUAUUAUGCUAUCAUAAUUGGAUAUUUUCAUAAAUGGUAUACAACUAUAAAUAUUUAGCAGUUGUUCUUUUUUUGGUGUACAGAAUAUAGGAAGUGUUUAUGAUCUAUGUGUGAGCUUGCGCUCCCAGAGCUAUUCUUAUAUGUAAUUUUAGCUAUUUUUAAUGUAAUUUUAUUUUUCUAUUUUUAUAGGUUAGGGCCAGAAUUAAUAUUUGUACUUCCACUUUUUGUUAUAUGGGUUAGGGCGGGUAGUAUAAUUAGUUAAAUCCAUGCUACAUCUUGUACAGUUGACCAGCGGUCAGUAAAGUACAGUGGCGUAACUAAGGGGGGGAUGGGGGGGAGAAUUUUAAAAUCCCCCCGGGCCCCCACCUAGGGGGGCCCCCAAACGGGUGUCCGAAAUUUAUUUGUAAAUACAUAAAUUAAUAUAUUUGAUUGAUAAUUAGUGUCAACGGGUGUCUUUUUUUAAUCAACAUUUAUGGAUUAAAUUUAUCACAAAGACUAAACCUAGAUAUUUUAAAGAUAUUUUUGCCGCAGAGAUCAGUUUAUAAAAAUGAAAUGCUUCUUCCAGUUUAAACUUUGUUGCCACGAAUAAAACUGCAUGAUAUACAGCGAAUUCCAGGUAUCUUGUUACCUUUACUAAUAAUAGAUCUAAAUGGCGAGUAUUAUAUGGCUACACUAAUUAACCUUGAAGCAAAAUUUACAGAAUCGAGUAUAAAUAAAAGUUAUUCUUAACAAUGCUAAAAUUGUCCAUUAUUCGGGUUUGGCGUCUAUAAUUUCAGAAUUAAACUUCACACUCGAGUUAUUACCCCUUUAUUCAUCUUUCCUCAAUCCAAUGGAAACUCUCUCUUUUUAUUUCCAUCUAAUCCUUUUGCUUUCGCACAAAACAUAAUCAAAAAAUAAUGAGGUAAUAUCAUAUAAUAUUAAUACAUCCUUCCUAUUGAAGUUAUUAUCACACCCUUCCUUUUAAAGUUCUUAAUAGUGAUAUCUACUAGCAGGGCCGGCCCUAGCAUUUGCGGGGCCCUAUGCGAAACGGAUCGCGUGGGCCUAGUCUGGGUAGGGAUAAGCAUAAUGUCAAAAUUAUUAUUUUUUGAAUUAGAAAAUAGGCAUACUUUCGUCUUUGCAAUAAGUUUUUAUCAAAUAAAAGCUCGCAAUGCCACUUUUUAUUCAUUGGCACCCCAAAACGUCAAUUUCGUCUAUUCUUCAGGAGAUUUGAAUAAAUUCAACAAAAAAUCAGGACUUUAUCGUAUAUUUUGCCUUUUCAUGAGAUUUCCUGGAGGCCCUGAAAAAUCAGGAGGUCGCGAAAACCCUGUUAUUUUAUAUACGUUUCAAUUGUUUAAUUUAAUAAUGUACACUUGGAAUUAGCGCUGGGCCUAUGAAAGCGCGGCGCCCACUGCGACCGGCACUGUCUACUAGGAACUUUAACAAUUAGUCCACUUCUGGUUGUUUUGACUGAACAAGUUCUCUAGACGUUGGUGUAUAACUGUCUGUUUCGUUUGUAGCAACAGUUUGCAGUUCAUUGUCUUCAUCGGUAUCAUAGUACCCAGAAAUGUCUUCAUCGAAACUCUUAUUUAAAAAGCGUUGAUUUCUUCUGUAUGUUAUUCCAUUGUUUGUCUUUAUGAUGUAAGAUCUGGAUGCUGAAUUUUUUUUAAUGACAACUGCUUUCUGCCAUGUUUGACCUAGACGAACUCUCCGACAGAAUAAUCUUUAGGUAGUCUUGCUUUUGCAUCGUAUUUCACUUAGCUUUUCGUCUGUCGUUCGUUGAGUAAUGUCUCCGCAUUUUCAGCUACCGAUGGUUUCAAUAGUUUGGGAUCAGUUGGAAUGAUUCCCUGAGUCUUCUACUCGUCAGCAGUUGUGAUGGUGAAUACGGCAGUCCACUUAUCGGAGUAUUUCUAUACUCGAGCAUAACGAGAUAUGGAUCUUUCCCACUUUUGUAUACUCUGAAUCCUUUUGCUUUCGAAUAAAACAUAAACAACCAACAAUGACGUUAUGCCAUAUAAUAUUAGCACAGAAUCUUCUUCAUGCAGUGGAAAAUUACGAAUUUUUUGCCUAUCUUGAAUUCUGGUCAAAGCUCCUGUGCCCAAUUAAUAUAGUUCGGAAGAAACUACAAAAGUUUCGAGAAUCUGCUAAAGAAAUUAGAACCCUUUCAUGCUGUCUGCAAAAUGAUGAGAAACUGACAAAAACCCAAUCCAUCGAAAAAGCAAAAGAAGGUAGUGAAUACUAUGGAUUCCCUGUAAUCAAAACAACCAUAUGAAAGAAAAGACUUGAUGGGAAGUUGAGUUCUAAUGUAGGACUGUCAAUACAACUGCAAUUCAAACGUGUUGCGACAGAAGUGCUGGACAGAUUUCAUAUGGAGAUGAAGGGCAGAUUCCAAAGGCUGGAAAGAAAAUGGAUAUCUUUGGGUUUCUUCUUGAACCAAGACACGUGUUAGAAGACACGCUUGUUACAAACUGUGCUACUUUUCCUGUUUGUAUGAUGAAAUAAAUGUAAAAUCGCUUUUUCAAUGAUGUCAUUGAUGCACGAGCACUUUUCAUCAACAAACAGUAAUACAAUCACCAAUAGACAUAUUGAGAAAACAGGCUUCAUAUGGGAAUUACGUGUGCUCAGACUUUGCAACCUCCUCCGAAUACCGCUAACUCAGGCCACUUCCAUUACGUCAUGUGAGAGAUCAUUCUCAAAGCUCAAGCUCAUCAAAAAGAAUCUCAGGAGCACAAUGACGCAAGAAAGGCUUAUCAUGGUUUUAAUGUCAGUGAAGUCACAAAUACUAGAAAGUAUCGAUGUAGUUGAUGUUAUAGAUGUCUUUGCUGCACAGAAUGCACGACGUGAAGCGAUAUCAAUUUAGAUUUGUCACUUGUGCAUUAUUUAACUAAUAAACAACGGUAUUAUUCAUUAAAAGAGUCUUAAUGAUUACUUUUUGUUAAGUUUACUGAUAUACUGAACCAAUUUGAUUUGGGGCUUAUAUAUUUUUGCGUACAUUAUCUCAUGUCAUAUGUCGAAUGUCAAAAUGCAAGGGGCCCCCAAAGAGGUCAAUGCCCCCCGGGCCCCCAAAUCCCUAGUUACGCCCCUGGUAAAGUAUAUCACUGUCUAUGUGACAGUUGAUGAUCUUAGUGAUCUGGCGUAUGAUAAUUUAAUUAUUGUUAUAUUUCUGUACCGGGGAUGGCCUGUAAGUGUAGAAAUAUUUUAUGUUUUCUUUUACUAGAUCUAUGUCACACCGUGUGUAAAUAUGCUAGAUAUAUUUUAAUUUAGUUUUAUUUUCUAGUUGGCAGUUGUUUCCAACAUGCUGUAUUAAAAAUGGCGGCGCCCAGCCCUGCCUGAUAUGAAUUAUGUUGUUCAUGCUCUAGAUCUAGUAGAAUAUAUGAUUUUGUAUUUAUAGUUUUGCAUUUAUGUAUUGCAGGCUAUUAUUGCUGCUGAAUAUAACUGCUGUGUUAUAGCUGCUUUAAGCUGCUAUUACUCUGCUACUAUAACCUCUGCGGCAUUUAUUACUACUAUUGUUAUUGCUUUUGUAGAUCUAGGAAAUCUAUCUAGUGUUAUUUUUAUUUUGUUUUUGUAGUGUUGCCUUAGUCGGCUUAGUGAGUUAGUGAACUUAGUCUGAGUAAUAGAGGUACUAACUAAGUCUAAGAUGUUCUUGUUUUAGUUUUACUUAUGAUUUAUGGGUUGGUUGUAAUAGUAGAAUAUUGUAGAUCUAGACUAGUUUAUUGUAGUGUGUUUGUGUAGAUCUAGGUCUAGUGUAGUAGUUGUAGUGAUUUAGUUAGAUAGUUGGUUUUAUCAGUUUGUGUUAGUUGGUUUGGUUAGUUUGUUGGUGUUUGGUAGUGGCGUAGAUUUAGAGGGUUUUAGUUAGUUGCUGGGUUCAGUUGUAGUGUUUAGUGUAUAUAUAAUAUUUUAUUAUUAUUUGAUUUCGUGUAAAUAAAGUUUCGUUUGGUCUUAUUUA